AUGAUCGAUGUUUUUCAUAACAGAGCCUUUUCCCUAUUCAGCGUCCCGCUGGUCACCUACAUCUUUGUCUUCAUAGCUACGAUCCCACCUAUCUUAUGGGCAUAUUACUUAAACAAAAAACAACAGCCUCUUCGCGGGGUUCCUGUCCUCAAUGCAGAUGAACAGACGCCUGGGGAGAGUUGGCAUACCAAGCCACGAGAGUUGCUUAGAAAAGGAAGAAAACUUUAUCCCAAUCAGCCUUUCCAGAUCCUCACUCAUGGUGGCCCAAAGAUUGUUCUUCCCCGACGAUAUCUUGAAGAAGUUCGCGACUCUCAGCAGGCAUCCUUCUCUCCUUAUGUCUUGAGUGAGGCACCUUGGAACUUGCCCGGGUUUGACGGCCUAAUGGUGAGCCACAAACACGCGGAGCUCCUCCGAGAAGUUAUCGGUGUUAAGCUCACAAAGUCCCUGGGAGUUAUCACUGAGAGCUUGGCAGAAGAAGGUAUUCUAGUUACUGAGGAGCUUUUCGGGAAUCUGGCCCCUGGACGAUGGCACACUUUUACAUUGCUCCCUGAAGUAACGAAAAUAAUCGGUCGCUUCACUGCUCGCACUAUGCUCGGCGAAGAGCUAGCUCACAACCCAGAAUACGUCGACAUCUCGAUUAAAUACGGUGUCACCGCUUUGCCAGCUGCUUUGCAGUUUCGCCCCUGGCCUCGCAUCCUAUGGCCAAUCGUACAAUACUCUAAUCCACUGUGCAAGACGGUUCGAUGCCAAGUUCAAAGAGCACGUCUGUUGAUUACAAAGGAGUUUGAACGCCGAGAGAAGUUAGCAAGAGCUGCUAUCGCUGCCGGUGAAAAAGUCCCAAAGACGCACGACUCUGUAGCUUGGAUACUCGACCAGAAUAAGAACAAGACGGACCAAAAGCUUGAUCUCGUUGGCUUUCAGUUAACUAUAUCUAUGGUUGCUAUUCACAACACGGGUGGGCAUUUGUUCACUGCUCUCUGGUGCCUUAUCGCGUAUCCCAAAUACAUCCCACUUCUCCGAGAAGAAGCCAUCUCAGUUCUCAAGGAGCACGGCUGGACAAGGCAAGCCUUAGCUCGUCUCAAGUUACAAGAUGCUGUGCAUAAGGAAUGCAUGAGAAUCCUUCGGGGCAGCCUUAGAAACUUGACGUUUUCAGAUGGAUUCACCAUUCCCAAUGGUCGAAAGUUUUUUGUCAUGCCUCCCGCUGAUUACGAGGGUGAAAACGAAGAGUUUUAUCCAGAGCGUUGGCUCGAAAAGCAAGAAGGAGAAGGACAAGGGAAGUGGUCCUUUGUCACAGCAAAUCUAGAGAAUCCAGAGUUCGGAGUAGGCAAGCAUGCCUGCCCAGGCCGAUGGUUUGCAAACGACGAAAUGAAAAUCGCACUAUGUAUCCUCUUGCUGCGCUACGACUGGAAGGCUACGCCCGAUAUGCCAAAGCCACUCUUCGAUGCAUGCGAAGACUUUCCCACAUUCAAAAGCUCGGUGCAAGUCCAAAUCACACCUAGAGAACCCGAAAUUGAUCUCGCAUCCCCGAAGAUGUGA